CCGCCCAUUCCGGAUGUGACGUCAUCGCGCGCGAGCGCGGCCGGAAGUGGCUCCGGGGGCGGCGGCGGCGGCGCCCGGUGUGGCCAUGGAGAGCCAUCCCCCCUUUGCCCAGGUGAGCCCUCACCUGUCCGAGGAGGAGGAGGAGGAGGAGGAGGAAGGACCAGGUGAGGAGGAGGAAGGGACAGGUGAGGAAGGAACAGGUGAAGAACCAGGUGAGGAAGAAGAUCCAGGUGAGGAGGAAGAGCCAGGUGAUGAUGAAGAUGCAGGUGAAGAGGAUCCAGGUGAUGGUGAGGAAGAACCAGGUGAGGAAGAACCGGGAGAUGAUGAAGAUGCAGGUGAGGAGGAUCCAGGUGAUGAUGACGAUGAAGAUCCAGGUGAUGAUGAAGAUCCAGGUGAUGAUGAUGAAGAUCCAGGUGAUGAUGAUGAAGACCAAGACCACUCCCACCCAGGUGCCUCCCUCCAGGUGCGCCCCUCUCCAGGCGCCCCCUCCAGCUCCUCCCGCCGGCCCCGCCUUUACCUGCGGCCACGCCCACGCCCCGCCGAGCCCGGCCCCUCCCACCUGCAGCUCCCCUGGGCCCACCCAGGUGCCCCAGGCUCGGGGCCCACCUCACCUGAGCCAGGUGAGGCCGCGGCGCCCGGCUUCGUGCAGCUCAUCGACGAGCGCGGCGUCUACUCCACCGCCAAGCUGGUGCUGGGCGGGCGCUCAGGUGCGGCGCCAGGUGAGGAGGCCGGGAACGACGGAGAGGACGAGGCCGGUAAGGAGGAAGAGGAGGAGCUGCCCGCUCACCUGGAGAUCCGCCAGGUGAUCGUGGCCGACAAACCCUUCCAGUGCCCCGCCUGCCACAAGAGCUUCAAGCGCACCUGGGAGCUGCUGAGCCACCAGGUGGUGCACACGGAGGCGCGGCCCUUCACCUGCCACCUGUGCCGCGCCACCUUCAAGCGCCACUCGGACUUCAAGAGCCACGCCCUGGUGCACACGGAGGAGCGGCCGCACAGGUGCGAGCUGUGCGGGAAGCGCUUCAAGCGCUCCUCCAACCUGCAGGAGCACCGCCGCAUCCACAGCGGCCAGCGCCCCUUCACCUGCCCCAGGUGCGCCAAGUCCUUCAAGACGCCCUACGAGCGCCAGCGCCACGCCCUGACCCACCUGGCGGCCGGCAAGAAGCCCUUCAGGUGCGGCGAGUGCGGCAAGGAUUUCCCGGCGGCCAACGCGCUGCUGCUGCACCGGCGGCACAGGUGCGAGGACAAGCCGCACGCCUGCGGCGUCUGCGGCAAGCGCUUCACCUACGGCCACUCGCUCAAGGUGCACGAGCGCGUGCACACGGGCGACCGCCCCUUCCGGUGCGCGCUCUGCGGCAAGGCCUUCAAGCAGAGCAACGCGCUGGCCUCGCACGAGCGCGUGCACACGGGCGAGCGCCCCUUCGCCUGCCGCACCUGCGGCAAGGCCUUCAAGCAGUCCUCCUACCUGGCCAUCCACCAGCGGGCGCACACGGGCGAGCGGCCCUACGGCUGCGAGGCCUGCGGGAAGGCGUUCGCGCGGCCCUCGCUGCUGCUGCAGCACCGGCGCGUGCACAGCCAGGCGAGGCCGCACCAGUGCAGCCACUGCCACAAGUUCUUCAAGGACCUGGCCUACCUGGCCGUGCACGAGAAGGUGCACACGGGGGAGACGCCCUACAAGUGCGGGGUGUGCGCCAAGGGCUUCGCCCACCCCUCCAACCUGCUGCAGCACCAGCGCGUGCACCGCGACACCUGAGCGCCCACCUGGGACGGGUGAGCACCCUGGAAAGGUGGGGUGGUGUCACCUGGAUCACCUGAGCCCCAGUGGAUGAAGCCCCAGGUGGAAGGACUCGGUACCUGUGAGCCCGGACAGGUGUGGAGCCCAAAAAUUGAGUUUGGACACCAGAAAGGUGCGGCAGCAACACCUGGACAGGUGUGGACCCCAAAAAUUGAGUUUGGACACCAGAAAGGUGUGGAGGGAACACCUGGACAGGUGUGGACCCUGGAAAGGUGUGGUGGCAUCACCUGAGCCCAAUGGAUGAAGCCCCAGGUGAAAGGACUUGGUACCUGUGAGCCCGGACAGGUGUGGAGCCCAAAAAUUGAGCUUGGAGCCCAGAAAGGUGUGGAGGGAACACCUGGACAGGUGUGGACCCCAAAAAUUGAGUUUGGAGCUCAAAAAGGUGUGGAGGUAACACCUGGACAGUGACACCUGAGCCCAGGUGCGGGAACCCCAGAACUGCACACCUGGACAGGUGUGGACCCUGGAAAGGUGGGGUGGUGUCACCUGAGCCCAAUGGACGAAGCCUCAGGUGAAAGGACUCAGUACCUGUGAGCCCGGACAGGUGUGGACCCAAAAAAAAGGGGUUUGGACCCAAAAAAGGUGUGGAGGUAACACCUGGACAGUGACACCUGAGCCCCAGGUGUGGGAACCCCGAAUCUGCAUCCCAGGACAGGUGUGGACCUGAAACUUCACACCUGGACAGGUGCGGGAACCCUGGAACCGCAC